AUGCCCCAGCAGACCAAGCUCCCUCUGAUCAAGGCAGAAAUUGCAGUCCUCCAGGCCCACCUAGAGGACUGGAGGUCUGUCAAAGGUAAACAACGGUACCACAUUUUGAAGGCUAUACACAAGGAAGCCUGCCUUCAAGCUCCCACUUGGGACAAAGCCUUAUUGAAAGCUCGAAAAAAGACAUACAAGGAGUGGUUGUACAACCAAUGUCAUCGGAAAGCCCCAAAGCCUCUCAUUAAAUAUGACAAGAAAUGGACAGCUCGUAUCCAAGAGGAGACUGGAGAGAUGCCUGUGAGUGAGGCCAUGAUUGCCAAGUGGCCAGAGGCUACCAAGACUGUGCUCGCUAGUCUGUCGACUGAGGAGAAGGCUGAGGCAAAUGUUCUUGCAGAUAAGUGGAACAAUGAAGCUGCUCCUCCUGAAGUCCAGGACAAUCUGAGCGAAACCAAAGGCCAGGAUGAGGGUCUUUGUGAUCUCCUUGACCUUGAGGAAGACAAUGAUGGGUUGCCUAUGCUCCCUGAAACUAUGGGUUUGAAACGGGGCGAAAAGCAGCAUGUCAUUCGGUCAUUCUUGACCAGGCAUUACAGGAUGUGCAUGGGAACAGAGAAAGUCAAGGCGGCAGUGCCCUGGAGUGAUUUGAUCAAGAAUCAAUCAGAUUUCUUCAAUGGCACCUACUGGCCGGCAGACAUACAGGUUGUGGAACCGUCCAAGAUGGACAAAGCCAGUGCUACUACUCUGUUAAAUUUCUGGUAUGGUCAGCAGCAAAAGAAGCUUUGUCCCACCUUCUGUUUCAAAGCUUGGAAAGAUACUGAUGGCGAUAUGGAGCCGCCAGCCAAGUCUUAUCAGAAAGUCAUUCGCCAGUUGAGCGGCCGCCACAACAAGGCUCAUAAUGCCCCAAAGGCCAUGGAAGCCUCAAAACACUUACUGGAGAGUAAGAAAAGCUUGGAUGAGAGGGAGGAGUAUCCAUCAUCUGAUGAUGGGGAAGAAGCAGUAAUAUCCGACCAUCACAGGGUGCCGCCAGUGAAGAGUCAUCAGCAAGUCAUCCACUGGAUCAGUUGCCGCAGCAAGGCCCAUGCUGUCCUUGAGGAAAGCUUGGAUGAAGGGGAGGACGAUCAGUCUUUCUCUCAUGAUGGAGAGCAAGUAGUGAUGUGCAAUAAGGACAGAGAACAACCACCUCCGGCAUUGAUCAUACAAUCUUCCACCACCUCUGCAGCAGUGGCAAGACAUGCAAAGGAAGUUGCCUUUCUGGGAGGAGGUAUAUGCCGGCGGUGA